CUGAAAUCUGCGCGUGCAUACGUGUGCGCGCUUUUUAUUUAAUUCAUUAAUUUGUUUAAUUAAUUUAUUUAUUUAUCUGCUUCGUGUGUGCGCGAGUGCGAAUGUUCGCAUGGAUUUUAUUUUCUGCACGCGCUGAAUUUAGCUGUGUGCAUGCAGCGCUGUGAGGAGGGGGACAUGCACUUGUUAAGUGCAAUGCAGGACAGUGCAGCAGCAGCACAGCAGAGGAUGAUCAUUCUGCCUGGAACUAAGCCAAAGAAGUGACUGCGUCAUCGCUCUUGCUGUCCAAACAAGGGCAAACAGAUCCAAGACGGCACCUCGUCAUGAGCAGGAACAAAGGCACCAACCCAAUUGGCAAGAGCGCUGUCUGUCAACCUGACGCAGUCCAGCUGGAGUAAGACGAUUUUUUUUUUUUUUGCUUUUCUUUUGGGAUUUCUGUUCUUUCAGUAUCAGCAAAAUGUCAAAUCCAGAGGAACCAGUAUGGCUACCUGCUCGUCUGUCCUGGCUGAACCUGAGUACGCUGCUUCGGAUCUUCAUCCUGGCUUCAGGGGUAGCAGUAGUCACUUGUCAGCAAGUUCAGUACACCACAGUCACAACAAAUUAUGGUAAACUCCGUGGGUUUAGGGCGGCGUUGCCCAGUGAGAUCCUGCGCCCUGUGGAGCAGUAUCUGGGCGUACCUUACGCCAUGCCCCCUACAGGAGAAAGACGGUUCCAGGCACCUGAACCACCAAAUUCCUGGUCUGGCAUCAGGAACGCCACCCAGUUUGCCCCUGUUUGCCCUCAGUUCCUGGAGGACAGAUUCCUGUUGAGUGACAUGCUGCCUGUUUGGUUCACGGCUAAUCUGGACACGGUGGCCACUUACGUACAAGACCAGAGCGAGGACUGCCUGUAUCUGAACAUCUACGUGCCCACAGAUGAAGAUGUAAGCGGUGACGACGAGGACGUGCUCAAGCCGGUGAUGGUGUACAUUCACGGUGGCUCUUAUGUCGAAGGAACGGCGAACGUGAUUGACGGAAGCAUCCUUGCUAGCUACGGCGAUGUCAUCGUCGUUACAGUCAACUACCGCCUGGGAGUUUUAGGGUUCUUGAGCACAGGCGAUCAAGCUGCCAAGGGAAAUUAUGGACUCUUGGACCAGAUUCAGGCUCUCAGAUGGGUAAAAGAGAACAUCCAGGCUUUUAAUGGAGAUCCUCGAAGAGUGACAAUAUUCGGGUCUGGCGCUGGGGCGUCAUGUGUCAGCCUGUUGACUUUGUCCCACUAUUCGGAAGAUCUCUUCCAGAAAGCAAUCAUUCAGAGUGGUACAGCUCUUUCUAGCUGGGCCGUUAACUACCAGCCAGCCAAGUACACACGAAUGCUGGCCGAGAAGGUGGGGUGCAACGAGGACGACUCUAUGGAAAUGAUCCAGUGCCUCCAGAAUAAAAACUACAAAGAGCUCAUCGAGCAGAACAUAACUCCUGCCAAGUACCACAUCGCUUUUGGACCAGUAAUUGAUGGAGAUGUUGUGCCAGAUGACCCACAGAUCCUGAUGGAGCAAGGCGAGUUUCUGAACUACGAUAUCAUGCUCGGGGUAAACCAGGGCGAGGGCUAUAAAUUUGUGGACGGUAUCGUGGACAGCGAGGACGGUGUUGCUGGAAAUGACUUUGAAUUUGCCGUGUCAGAUUUUGUUGAUAACUUGUAUGGCUACCCAGAAGGGAAAGAUACCCUGCGAGAGACAAUAAAGUUCAUGUACACAGAUUGGGCAGAUAAGGAAAAUCCAGAAACAAGACGUAAAACGUUGGUUGCGCUUUUUACCGAUCACCAGUGGGUGGCUCCCGCUGUGGCCACUGCGGACCUACAUGCUCAGUAUGGUUCACCUACGUAUUUCUAUGCCUUCUACCACCACUGCCAGAGCGAAAUGAAGCCGGCCUGGGCAGACUCUGCGCAUGGAGAUGAACUUCCAUAUGUUUUUGGUAUCCCAAUGAUUGGCCCAACUGAUCUCUUCAGCUGCAACUUCUCUAAGAAUGAUGUAAUGCUGAGUGCUGUGGUUAUGACCUACUGGACUAACUUUGCCAAAACUGGAGACCCAAACCAGCCGGUUCCCCAAGAUACAAAAUUCAUUCACACCAAACCUAAUCGCUUUGAAGAAGUGGCAUGGUCCAAAUACAAUCCCAAGGACCAGCUGUAUCUUCACAUUGGUCUCAAGCCACGUGUCCGAGACCACUACAGGGCCACGAAGGUUGCUUUCUGGCUUGAGCUAGUGCCACAUUUGCACAACAUCAACGAACUUUUCCAAUAUGUCUCGUCAACCACCAAGAUCCCUCCUCAGGAUACAACUCCUUUCUCGUACACCAAGCGCUUAUCCAACAAACUUUGGCCAUCCACCACCCGGCAUCCCUCGGUUCCUUCAUCCAACACCAAGCAGUCCACAGACCAGCAGAAGAAUUCAGAGCAUGAGGACAGCUCUGUAACCAUAGAAGCUCGAGACUAUUCCACCGAAUUGAGCGUCACUAUCGCCGUUGGAGCAUCAUUGCUCUUUCUAAACAUCCUGGCCUUCGCAGCCCUCUAUUACAAGAAGGACAAGCAUCGUUUUGAGUCCACUCGCCGCCCGAGUCCUCCAAGGAACCUUGCUAAUGAUGUACCAAGGGUUCCAAGCGAGGAUCUGAUGUCUUUGCAGAUGAAGCAACUAGAUCACGACCAUGAUCAUGAUUGUGAGCCAUUGCAAGGGCAUGACAUGCUCCGGCUCACUUGUCCAGACUACGCCCUCACUUUACGUCGUUCCCCGGAUGACUUCACAAUCAUGACGGCAAACACCAUCACCAUGAUUCCCAAUUCUCUCUCUGGGAUUCAGUCGCCGUACCAUCCUUUUAAUCCGUAUGCCAACAGCACUCCGAGCAAUACCGGCCUCCCUCAUGGACACUCUACCACUAGAGUAUAACUCAGUGCCAAUGACUGUACUUUACAAGCAGCAGAUUAUUAUUUAAGUCAAACAGAGUGCACCUGGUUGUUUGGAGACAAGCACCAAAGGUGUUAUUUUAUUACUGACUACUCUAUGAACUAUCUCGAAUAACCUGUAUAAUGUGAACAAUGAAUGUAAUGAUUUUCACAUUUAUGGCAAAGCCAAGAAAGCAUAGGACUUUUCUUUGAUCUCUAGCACUACGAUACCCUAUAUGAAAACCCAUUGUUUGAGUCCUGAUCUCUUUGCUUAGAUUGUGAAGUCAUCUCUUGAGUAGAGACCCUCAAUCCUCAAUCAGUAAUAUCAGUUUUUUUUUUUUUGAUUGGCUGCUCUGAUAGAAGCAGUAGUAGCAUUAGCUACUAUUAGUAGCAUUAGAUAGAAGCAAUAGUGGUCAUCAUGGCUGUCUUAAGUACCUGAGAUCAGUAUUUGAUUAUUUAUUGAAAGAAAAGUUUUGCUAUAAUUAGGCUUGUGCAGUAUUGACUUUUCCCUGCUCGCAAUUCACUUUAAAAAGUGAAUUUCAAUUUAAAAAAAAUUAUACCUGAUUUAAUUAUCCAGAACCGAUAGCCUAAAAAAAAAAAAAAAGGAAAAUGAUCAUUUCCAAACCCAUUUCAGGUGUAAGGAGACUACACUGAUAGAUUUUAUUUCACGUUAAUGGACUCAAACAUUCCUCCAUUUACCUUUGCAGAAAGCAAGGUCAUGCCGCAAGUCCCGAAAGCCCUGAGAGCAGGAGAGAUGAGGAAAAGGGGUGGGGCUUCCUGGCAGAGUUGUUUAAUAUUGGAGAGUUCAAAACACCUGCGUGAAUCAUUCCAGAUUAUUAUGUUGACUGGUUCUUCAUCUGUUUGAUAGGGGAGAAAAACGACUGCACUUUUGGUAUACGUAUGUUACAGUGGUAACUCGUACCAGCGUACUCCAUUGUUAAAUUACGUAAAUGUUGGCAGUCCUGGUAAUAUAAUAUAAACGGAAUAAACAUCACUGGAUAUUGUGUAGAGACGACUAAAUAGCUAUGUCGCACAAGCCUAAUUAUAAUGUUAUGUCUCCUCGUAAUGGCAUUUUCUGAGAUUUGCACAUCUAAUGGAACGUUAAGAGAUCCAGAAAUCAUUGUUUCACGCUCAUACAGUUUAAAUCCAGACAAAGAGAUCAGAGUGCAGUGUAAAUAUCUGUGCCAUGUAUUGAGUGCUCAUACUGUAAAUCUUACGAGCUUAGCUCCUAAAAGUAAUUGCCUUAAACGGGCAAUAAUCCUAUUUCUCAGUCCAAAUAAUGCUUAUUUAAGAGCCUAAAGUAAUGUGUAUAUAGCUUAGGAUAAAGCACAAAACGAAGAAAAGGCUAGUGCUUGUAUUGUUGUUUCACUUCUAAAGACAUUUGCUUCAUGCAGACGCUGUCUAUCUUUUCCAUUUCAUCCAUUCUUAACAUGCUGUUGGUGUUUUAGAUCUCAUUCUCAUGCUGUUCGGUUACUCUGUGCCUCAAAGGCUAAAUGUCUUUUGUGAUUUUCAGAAACGUCCAAAAAUUGAGAACCUACUUGUGUGAAUGUCAAACUUUGCCAGUCCUCAGGAAGUGUCAACAGACAUGCUGUCAUUUAUUUACUGCCUACACAUUACAGUGGAGACAAGUCGCAGGAUUUUAUAGCCCAGCUGUUUUUAUCCGCAUCCACGUUUUGUAGCUCGUUAUACUGCACGAAAGGUUUGAUUUAAGCCUGGUCGCAGUUAGAGUUCCAGAAUUUAGUACCUUACAUUCAAAAGUUGCUUCAUUUACAGAGAAAUCAAUGUGUGAUGCUUGAUUUGUCCACCAUGAAAGUCUCCCAAGGGCAAAGAAUCAUAGAGACAUUUCUAAGAACCAUACUCCCAUCUGCAGUGUGUUGAUGUCAUACAGCACGGCCCUUUAAAACCACUGCUCUGAAAUUCGGAACUGUUAUCAGAUUGAUGCAGUUUCGCAAAAAGAAUAUUUUUAGAAUUAGAAAAAGUCUACUAAACAUUCUUGCUAACCUUGAGACUUUCAGAAAGAGAGAGAUUUUUUUUUUUUUCGAAACAUCCCCAGAAAGAUUCAGGUUUCAGACUUCGUUGCAUUUUGUUGACUUUUAUGGAUGAAAAACUAAGAAAGGAAACAGAAAUAUAGCUGCAUAAAUAUAACUGCAAACAACAUCUGCGGGGUCCAAGCACCAUUCGCAAGUAGUGCCCCUUGUUAACCCUGUCCAAUGCCUGUUGGAUUCUGAUUGGCUGAUGACGGACAUGCUUUUAGAUAAUCAGGUCGUCGUAAAAACUCAACAUACAGAUUAGAACAAAGAUGCAGUCUACCAAAUUUCAGCUCGACCAGACUUACAGUUCCUGAGAUAAUUAUUGAGGUUCAGACUCAACUAAGUAUUUUGACAAAAAUCAUAGGACUGCUUUUUGGAUAUUAGCUCGGAGUUAGCUUGGAGCUAACUUGUUCUUGAGACUUUAUUGUUUGGCUGAUGGCAAGGAAUCAGGAAACAAAAGAAUUCCCACAGUAUAACUCAUGGUGAAAAAAACUGAGCUAUAGCAUCACCAUCAGAGCCUGAUAAAUAGCAUAUGAAGAAGAAGAACAAAAACAAAAAGAAAAAUCCGAGCAAAAACUGUACGGUUCCAUCAUCUUUGGUGCUUGGACCCCUAAUUAUUGCUGAAGACUCAUCAUCUGUUGGCUUCACAGACUCUUAAAUGCAUGUCAGGGGGUGUGGCCUAUAGUCACUUCUUCCUGACCUAUUGACUAUCAUGCAUAAAGUUGGGAGAAUGAAGAGAAACGUUUUGUUUCAAAGUGAUACUCAUUUAGCCAUUAUUUCUCUGUGUAUGGCUUCUGAUACUUACAUUGAGUUUUUUUUCUUUAUUAUAAAGGCAGUCCUUGUAUAUAUUUAUUCUUCUGUAUUUUCAAGCUGGAUUUGUUUAAUCUGAGGAAGUACUAUAUAACAAGAUUAUUAUUUUAAUCUACUAUAAAUGUCUAUUGUCUUACAAGUAAUUAUUCCACCCGACGUAAAAGUUCAAAUUUACCUCCCGGUAACGUAAUAACAAAAUAUGGAGCUUUGUUGUUGUUGUACAUCUGCGCUAUGAUGAAUACAUCCAGGCUGUUGGUAUGAAUUUGAUGAUUUGUUGAUUACAGAUCAAACUAAUCCAUCUUUAAUAUGGCUUCAGGCUUCAUAAAAAAUGAUCUGAUGCUGGUCUACUGUAACAGAAGAGUAAUGUAAAUGAAUCCUGAAGUCAUCUAUCUAGGACUAACACAUGUCUCGGCCCAGUACAGAAAUGAUUUGUUAGACAGCAGGGUAAACUCGCAGUUAUUUUUGAAAUGUUUGCUUUUGGCUCGCCAUGUAUGAGACUUUUCUGCUGCCAUUUCUAAAAUAAAAGUAUAUUAAAAGAUUGUA